UGGGUAACGUACGGCUUGGGGGGGCGGGGAGAGAGAGAAAGGAGAAAGAGUGAGUGCGUUAGUUUCAGACACUAGGCAACGGGCGGAGAGACAGACGUAGACGCAAGAGAGAGAGAGGCGGCUCCUUGUCUCACCCACACCCAGUAGCCGGCAGAUCGAAAGGAUAUCUCUACUCUUGGGGGGUGGUGAAGGCCGUGGAGCCGCCGCUGGGGAGCGACCCUCCGCCGGCGCUUUCCGAGAUGAGGUGUUGCGCUACCAGAUAGCCCGAUCGAGAUGUGAUUGAAGACUAUUGCAAUGAGGAUGCUGCUGAUUACUGGUGUUGUUCAAUGUGUAUGCAGAAGUAAGGCAUCUGCUGACUAGUUAAACUUGAAGGAAGCAUGGCUCAGUUUCCGACAGCUUUUGGAGGGAGCCUGGAGAUCUGUGCCAUUACUGUGGAAGAAAGAGCCAAGCAUGACCAGCAGUUCCAUACUAUCAAACCAGUUGGUGGACUGAUUACUGGUGAUCAGGCCCGAAACUUCUUCCUUCAGUCUGGAUUACCUCCACCUGUACUUGCACAAAUAUGGGCCCUGGCUGACUUGAAUAAUGAUGGAAAGAUGGAUCAGUUGGAGUUUUCUAUAGCCAUGAAACUGAUUAAGCUGAAACUGCAGGGUCAUCCACUUCCCUCAACACUGCCUCCCAUAAUGAAACAAAUACCAGUAGCCAUUUCAACAGCAGGAUUUGGCAUUGGUAAUGUUUCAGCAAUGUCCUCAAUGGGCGCAGUAGCACCUUUGUCGAUGGCAGCAAUGCCAGUGGUGGGUAUGUCACCACCAUUGGUGUCUUCUGUUCCAACAGCAGGAGUUUCUGCACUUGCCAAUGGGGCACCUUCUAUGGUACAGCCUCUACCUGCCUUUGCUCAUACCGGAGCCACAUUGCCAAAGAGUUCUUCAUUCAGUCGCUCUGCAUCAGUCACUCAAGCAAAUGGAACAAAACUGCAAAAGGCACAAUCAUUUGACAUAGGAAAUGUCACUGUGCCACCUUUGGCUGCUGGUGUAGAGUGGGCUGUUCCACAGUCGUCGAGGUUGAAAUACAGGCAGCUUUUCAACAGUCAUGAUAAAACAAUGAGUGGACAUUUAACAGGCCCACAGGCAAGGACCAUCUUAAUGCAAUCCAGUUUACCACAAGCUCAGUUAGCAUCUAUAUGGAACCUUUCUGAUAUAGAUCAAGAUGGAAAGCUUACAGCAGAGGAAUUCAUUCUGGCUAUGCACUUGAUUGAUAUGGCAAUGUCAGGACAGCCAUUGCCUCCCGUACUGACUCGAGACUUGAUUCCACCAACAUUCCGAUGUUACGGUCCAACAGUUCUGUUUGAAUAUUGCAGAAGAGCCAGGUCUGGUAGUGGAAUGUUGACUGGAAGCUCAUUGAGUAUUGAUCAGCGAGUACCUGAAGAGCCACAAGAAGAAGAAACUGAAAAGAAAUUGCCUGUGACAUUUGAGGAUAAGAAGCGUGAGAAUUUUGAACGGGGUAAUCUUGAACUGGAAAAGCGACGACAAGUUCUUCUGGAACAACAACGAAAGGAGCAGGAACGUCUUGCUCAAUUGGAGCGUGCAGAGCAGGAACGGAAAGAGCGGGAGCGGCAAGAACAAGAAAGGAAAAGGCAGAUGGAGCUAGAAAAGCAGCUGGAGAAACAACGAGAAUUUGAGCGACAGAGGGAGGAAGAGAGAAGAAAGGAAAUAGAAAGGCGGGAGGCUGCAAAACGUGAACUUGAAAGGCAGCGCCAGCUUGAAUGGGAAAGGAAUCGUCGACAGGAACUCUUGAACCAACGCAACAAAGAACAAGAAGAUAUUGUAGCCUUGAAAACAAGGAAAAAAACUUUAGAGUUUGAACUUGAAGCCCUUAAUGAUAAAAAGAAUCAAUUGGAAGGCAAGCUUCAAGAUAUCCGAUUUCGUCUGUCCUCUCAAAGACAUGAAAUUGAACAUACAAAUCAGACACGGGAGUUACGAAUUUCAGAAAUCACACAUCUACAGCAACAGUUGCAGGAAUUUCAGCAGAUGCUCAGUCGACUGAUUCCUGAGAAGCAGUGUCUCAACGACAAGCUGAAGCAGGUUCAACAGAACAGUCUACAUAGAGACACUAUUAUUACUGUUAAAAAGACUUUGGAAAAUAAAGAGAUGACUAGACAGCAUCUUCGUGACCAACUAGAUGAAGUUGAGAAAGAAACAAGGGCGAAACUCCAGGAGAUAGAUGUCUUCAAUAAUCAGUUAAAGGAACUGAGAGAAAUUCAUAGCAGACAGCAACUGCAGAAACAGAAGGAAGCUGAACUUGAAAAGCAAAAGCAGAAAGAGCAAGAGCGGAGGACAGCAGAACUUGAAAGACAACAUGAGAAAGAAGCUGCCCAGAGAUCUGCCCAAGAACGUGAUAAACUUUGGCAGGAACAAGUGCAAAGGGAUGAGGAUGAACGACUAAGGAAUCUCCAGGAACAGCAAAAUCGAAGACGGGAAGAAACAUCCCAAAAGAAGGACAAAAGCAAGCAGGAAGUAUUGAGCAGAAUGUUUCAACAGCACCUGGACCCAGUGAAAGAGCAGUCUCGCAGUGGAUGGCAGCUACCAGAAAAACCUUCAUCUGUAAAUACUGAUCAAGAUGGCGUUAAGGUUGUAUAUUAUAGAGCAUUGUAUCCAUUUGAGGCUAGGAGCCAUGAUGAGGUUACUAUUUAUCCUGGAGAUGUCAUAAUGGUGGAUGAAAGUCAGACCGGAGAACCGGGAUGGCUUGGAGGUGAACUCAAAGGGAAAACUGGAUGGUUUCCUGCUAACUAUGCAGAGAAGAUUCCGGAGAAUGAAGUGCCACCAAAUUUGCAAUCAGGAGCGAAGCUUACUGCAAAGAUUGCACCUCAUACAGUGGCUGCAAGUGUUGUGCAACCAACAACAGAGCCCGCAGUGUCCUCCAAUUGGGCAGAUUUUAGCUCAACAUGGCCCACAACAGGCAGUGAGAAGCCAGAGAGUGAUAAUUGGGAUGCCUGGGCAACACAGCCAUCAUUAACUGUUCCUAGCACAGGGCAACCUCGGCAGAGAUCAGCCUUUACCCCAGCUGCUGUGUCUGGAUCAUCUCCAUCACCUGUAUUGGGCCAGGGGGAGAAGGUUGAGGGACUUCAAGCGCAAGCAUUAUAUCCUUGGCGGGCAAAGAAGGAUAAUCACCUCAACUUCAACAAAAAUGAUAUAAUUACAGUUUUAGAACAGCAGGAUAUGUGGUGGUUUGGAGAAGUUCAUGGACAGAAGGGCUGGUUCCCCAAAUCCUACGUGAAACUCAUUUCAGGACCUGUAAGAAAAUCCAUCAGCGUGGAUUCUACUUCUUCUGAAAGCCCUCCCAGCUUGAAGAGAAUGACCACUCCACCUUCAAAGCUAUCUGCAGCACAUGGAGAUGAACCUUGCAGGGAGGAGGCUGCUCCGCCUCGACCUCCCUUUCUCCCAAGGAAAGAUUCCAACUUGAGGGUUCCUUGCCCUUCAGAGACGCUCUUUGCUGCUUCUGGUGGAGAAGAAUUUGUUGCAAUGUACACAUAUGAAAGUAAUGAACCCGGGGACUUGACUUACCAGCAAGGAGAUGUGAUUCUUGUGACGAAGAAAGAUGGUGACUGGUGGACAGGAGUUGUAGGAGAAAAAGUAGGGGUCUUCCCAUCCAACUACGUCAGACCAAAGGACUCUGAGGGACCUGGGCAAACUGGGAAGAGUGGAAGCCUUGGAAGGAAGCCUGAAAUUGCUCAAGUGAUAGCUCCUUAUACAGCAACUGGUGCGGAGCAACUUACUCUGGCACCUGGUCAGCUCAUUCUCAUUCGCAAGAGAAAUGCUGGUGGAUGGUGGGAAGGGGAGCUUCAGGCUCGAGGAAAGAAGCGACAAAUAGGAUGGUUUCCUGCCAAUUAUGUGAAACUUCUCAGCCCUGGAACAAAUAAAAGUACUCCAACUGAUGCUGCAAGACCACCCACAACAAAUGUUUUGUUCCAGGUGAUUGGUAUGUAUGACUACAUUGCACAGAAUGAUGAUGAACUUGCGUUUGCCAAAGGACAGAUCAUCGGUGUUCUCAACAAGGAUGAUCCAGAUUGGUGGAAAGGGGAGCUCAAUGGGGUCACUGGUCUCUUCCCAUCUAACUACGUGAAGCUAACAACUGAUAUGGACCCAAGCCAGCAAUGGUGUGCUGACUUACAUUUAUUGGACAUGCUAACUCCUUCAGAGCGGAAGCGACAAGGUUAUAUCCAUGAGCUGAUUGUCACAGAAGAAAAUUAUGUUAGUGACCUGCAGCUAGUCACUGAGGUCUUUCAGAAACCUUUGCUCGAGUCUGAUUUGCUGACAGAGAAAGAAGUGGCCAUGAUUUUUGUGAAUUGGAAAGAGCUCAUCAUGUGUAAUAUUAAAUUGUUGAAGGCAUUACGGGUAAGGAAGAAGAUGUCCGGGGAGAGGAUGCCUGUGAAAAUGAUUGGUGACAUAUUAACAGCACAACUGCCUCACAUGCAGCCAUAUAUUCGGUUCUGCAGCUGUCAGCUUAAUGGAGCAGCACUGAUCCAGCAAAAAACAGAUGAAGUUUCAGAAUUCAAGGAAUCUGUCAAAAGAUUAGCAAUGGACCCACAAUGUAAAGGAAUGCCACUAUCAAGUUUCCUACUGAAGCCUAUGCAAAGGGUAACACGCUACCCAUUAAUAAUAAAAAACAUUCUGGAAAACACCCCAGAAAAUCAUCCCGAUUUUAGCCACCUGAAGCAGGCUCUUGAAAAGGCUGAGGAGCUGUGUUCUCAGGUGAACGAAGGUGUGCGAGAGAAAGAAAAUUCUGACAGGCUGGAGUGGAUCCAGACACAUGUACAAUGUGAAGGUUUGUCUGAGCAACUUGUUUUUAACUCCGUCACGAAUUGCCUGGGUCCUCGAAAAUUCCUGCACAGCGGUAAACUUUAUAAAGCCAAAAGUAAUAAGGAGCUUUAUGGCUUUCUCUUCAAUGACUUCCUGCUGCUGACACAGAUCAUUAAACCACUAGGUUCUUCAGGAACCGAUAAGGUCUUCAGCCCCAAGUCAAAUCUGCAGUACAAAAUGUACAAGACUCCUAUAUUUCUGAAUGAGGUAUUGGUGAAAUUACCUACAGACCCUUCUGGUGAUGAGCCCAUUUUCCACAUCUCCCAUAUUGAUAGGGUGUACACGCUCCGUGCUGAGAGCAUCAAUGAAAGAACAGCUUGGGUGCAAAAAAUUAAAGCUGCUUCAGAACUCUACAUAGAAACAGAAAAAAAGAAGCGAGAGAAGGCCUAUUUGGUUCGUUCUCAAAGGGCUACAGGCAUUGGAAGGCUAAUGGUGAAUAUAGUCGAAGGCAUAGAGCUGAAAGCAUGCAGAUCCAGUGGGAAGAGUAAUCCUUACUGUGAAGUGACUAUGGGCUCUCAGUGUCACAUCACAAAAACCAUUCAGGAUACUCUGAACCCCAAAUGGAAUUCUAACUGUCAGUUCUUCAUUAAAGAUCUGGAACAGGAUGUAUUGUGUAUCACUGUAUUUGAGCGUGACCAGUUCUCACCAGAUGAUUUUUUGGGCCGUACGGAGAUACGUGUUGCUGAUAUCAAAAAAGAUCAAGGCUCCAAAGGACCCGUUACGAAACGACUUCUGCUGCAUGAAGUCCCUACUGGCGAGAUAGUUGUUCGUCUGGAUCUUCAACUUUUUGAUGAAACCUAAGAGUGCUAUACUGUAUAUGUGUACUUCUGUAGUUUGAAAAGACACCAAUGGCCACUUUAUUAAGUACGUGCAAAAGCUGUCUAAGAAUGCUGCAAAAUUCAAAACUGCAGUGUCCGUGGAACAUAUUUUGUGUACUGUUUUAUACAUGACACUUAAAAACAUGGGAUUACAGUUUGUAGAUGUCUCUUUCAUUUCUUAAUAUGUAGAUUUAUCAUCUCCACAUUCCAGUUUGAACUUUUCAGAUUAUGUGAUGAUAAACAUAAUACUAAGGUUGGUCUCGAACUUGUUUGUCCAAACCUUGGCCAGUGGUUCUGAGGUGGACAUUUAGUGACUUGCACAAGUUUUUAUAGGGGAAAUAUAGAAGCCAAGUUGUAUUUUUGGUAAUAUUCAGGCUGCGGUAAGAAAUGUACAUUUUGGACAGUGUCCUUGUGUAGGAUUACAUUUACAGAUAAGGAUUUCUGGCUCCAACAGGCUAUUCAGCCCAACUGGUUCAUGAUGCUUGUGCUCCACUUGAAUCUCUUACUGUCUUUCCUAACUUAUGCUGAUAGAUUUAGAUUUAGUCCCUUCUCCUUUAUAUGCUUCAUUGAAUAAAGUUCACCAUUUUGCCUCUGAGCACUUGAUUCUAACAUUUUUAGGUGUCAAAUUAUAAAACCAAAGCACCAAGUCAAGAUGGUAAGUCAUUGAUUAUUAUAAACCAGUUCAGAAGCGAUUCUUGCCACCAACUUAAGUACAAAAUACACGGUUGAUAAAAUGAAGCCUGUGACCCUUACAUAGCACAUUAGAGAAUAAUUCAUGGUUUAUUGAUUCCUUGCCAUAUGAAUGUGAAUUACUUUAUGGUUUGAAGCAUUUUUGUCAACAUGUCCUUCUCAUUGAAAACAUUCCUUUAGAAAUCAACAGGGACUUUUGACUUGGUUUGAACUUUGACUUCUCAUUUACCUAACUGGGCUCCCCAAAGAGAACAGAUUCCUGCAAUCAGUUAGUUCACCAGUUCAACCAGCAAACUAGGUUAGGUAUUGGACUAAAGGAACUCAAUCACCUCAUAACAUCACAACGGUUCUAAGUGGCAUGACAACUUGUUUCAUCCACUCUGAAGUAAUUAUGUGUGUAGAAUGAGGGAGAGAAAACUUAUCAUUAGUUUAAAGAAUAAAAAUGAUGUCUACAUAUGUCGUCAAUUUAACAAAAUGGAAUCCAUAUUGAACUUUUAGAUGUUGAAUAAACUUAGUUUUAAAUUAGCAGAUUUUAUGCACAGUCCCAUUAUACGCUGAAUACUUUUCAUAAACAAGCACUAUUUUAGUUUGGUGAUGAAAUGUUUCCACAUUAUGUGACACAGUAACAAAGCUCUAACGAUCCACAGUAUUUGGUGUAAAAAAAACAGUUCAUGUAGUUGUUGAUGCUUGUCAUUUGAAAAUCAUCUACAAACUGUCUUUGUGUUGUCUUAGCAAAUGUCUUUAAUAAUUUUUAUUUUUAGUUUUGUCUUGAGAAUAAAAGUUCAAGACACAAGGCCAUGAAUAAAAUUACAUAGCCCCCAAAAAUUUAUAACACCUGACAAGUUAAAUAGUUUCAUUUUUAAUGUCAGUUAUAAUCUUGUCCCAUUAAGAAAACGUGACUGCACUCAUCAUUGUAACCAACCUCAACACUGUUAGUUAAAGGUGGUAAUAUCACCAAAAUUGAUUUCAAUACCUCAGAUUGAAUAAAUGUAGAGUGGAUAAAUAAAAAGACUUGCAUUUUGGUUACAGGCACAAAUGGGCUUGUUCACCUUUCUUGAAUGUGAUAGCUAGUCUAUUGAUGACACAAGAGGACUUCAGUUUUUAUUCUAGUCAGCCUCUUUUUGAACAUUCAGCUAUUUCCCAUAUGAAGCAUGUAACUUCACCAUAAGUGACUUCUUUUCCCCUUUUAAAAAUAUUCGAAAUUUGAGAACAUAUUUAAUUCUGGUUGUGUUUUUAAGCAGGUAAUUCCAUUUAUGGACCAUUUGACAUGUUAAAAAUUGAACUUGAAAUAAAGUUGGUAAAACUUUCAAAGCCUACAAUAUGUGCCAACUAUUUACCAGCACAAUGCUCACUUGCAAAGGCAAACUAUUGUGAGGAACUUUACAUCUGUGCAAGAUAAUUUUAUCAUUGUCAUUAUUUCAAAAUCUUUUAUUAAAUCUUAACUAGCUUCACUUUUCCUUGUUUCAGCACAUGAUUGAUAUUACUGAUUCUAUUAAAUACAAUGAGUAAUUGGCAGAAUACACAUUUUGCACUUCUUAAUUAAAAGUAACACACCUAAAAUUAUCAGUUAUUAUUCCAGUGAAUAACUUGUUACUAAAUUUGUUUUACUAAUUUACCAAGAUACAUUGUAAAAGCACUAUAUAUAUAUAUUAGCAUUAAAGGAUUAGUCAUUUUUGACUGCAGGUGAAAUUAAAAAUGUCACAUAUGCUGCAGAAAUAUUUUACGGCUCUUAUAGCAAGCUAUUGUUUUGUAUUCAUUUGUCUGACCUACAUGCAGUUUCAAAAAUAUAGCUGUAGUUUUAUUGUGUGUAGCUACAUUAUUCACAAAGGCAAGAUAUUUAACGUAUAUACUGUUUCAACCUUCACAGAGUUCUGAAGUGUCUAUCUCCAAUUGUCAAAUAAGAACCUAAGCAAACAAUAUCUAAACAAUAUUUUUCACUAUGAAUCAUUUGCUUAACAUAUAAUGAAAGAUUCCUUGUUUUUUCAUUUUCGUAGUCAUUUCCUAGAAUUAUUUUCAAGAGACACUUGCUGAAAUCUGCUGUUCAAAUUCCCACUCAGUUGUUGAAUUCCUUCCACUCAGAUUCAUAGUGGAUUUUGUCUAGUUAACUAUUUUGUUGUUAACAGAAAAGAUUUUAAUGUUCUUUUUCUUCAGUUAAAGGAUUUGAUGAUGGGUCUAUACAGGUUUUUCAUAUCUUUAACUACAUAGGUUAUCACAUGGACAGCACCGUGGCUCAGUGGUUAGCACUGCUGUCUCACAGCCCCAAGGACCUAUGUUUGAUUCCACCCCUGACUGACUGGAGUUUGCAUAUUCUCCAUGUCUGCAUGGAUUUCCUCCCACAGACCAAAGAUGUGCAGGCUAGGUGGAUUGGUCAUGUUAAAUUGCCCAUAGUGGUCAGGGAUAUGUAUAUUAGGUGUCUUACGAGGGAUAGGUCUGGGUGGGAUGCUCUGAGGGGUGGUGUGGACUUGUUGGGCCAAAAGGCCUAUUUCCAUACUGUAGGGAUUCUAUAUCUGUGCCGAAUUCUCAGUAAAAUAUUUGUUUAUACAUUGCCUCUGUACCUCAAAGUGUAUGGUUAUAGGACAUAAUUUAUGGAAUUAUUAGUUGCACAAUACAAGUUUUUAAAUCAGAAGAUUGGUGUAGUUGUUUACAUGUUCAUCCUUCUGUUUGGAAAUCCAUCUUAGCUUCCCAAAGAUUUUAUGGGGACCUUGAAACGUUUGCAUAGUGUGGUUUUUCAAAGUUAAUGGCAAAUCAGUGACAUCCCUGUGCUGUACACAAGCAAUUCUAAGCCUCCUGAGUUUGAGUUUUUUCAGUGUGGCUUGAUUUGGUUGUUAUGGCUACUCUUCUUCCACAGCGGUUAAUCAUUCUGAACUAACAGUGUUACUACUUAGAAUGUGAACACUCCAUUGCUGAUUGUGUUGUUCAGCUUUUGCACUUUGUUGUCAAAAUAAUGAUAUUGUUUGGUUUACAUAAUAUUGUGUAAAAAUACAUUAACUGAAACUUAACUUACAUAGGCUAAAACUUUUCACAGCUAAUUGAGGAACAAAUUAUGAGCGUAACUGUUUUUAAACUGGAAGCUGCACUUUUAAUGCAAUUCAAACCUGAUCAUAUUCUAUAUUCAAAUUAUAAUUUGUAUGGGAAUUGUUAGUUACAUGUCUGUAUUGAAGAAUUUUUAAAAAUCUUUUUUAUACUAAUGAAUGUUGUACCACACUUUUAAUGGGCAGUUGCAUAUUCUAACCAUUGUUGUCUCAAUCAUUAAGAAACAAAACUGAACACUUAUUGUCAGAAACUAACAAUUGUCAGCUUUGCUUUUAUUGUUAUGCAUGUGCAAGAAUUUCUGCCUACUUGAACCUUAAAAUUUGAGAAGUUAUUAAAAGAUGGAGCAAAACAAGUGAUCCCAUAUUGUGUAUUAGAAUUAUUGUAGUAAUUUAGUUGGAGGUAUACAACCACUUUAAAUGUUUAUUGUAAGUUAUUAUAAUGAUAAUGUAGUGGGCAUUUAAAAAAAAAAUGAACAGUUGAGGCCAAAAAGUCAGUCUAAUCCUCUACCUUCCUUGGUAUCCUUUGUAUAUGUUUUUGGAUAGUGCCCUGGAAGUAUGCGGAAUGUUUAUCAGUUGACUGUUUUCUAGUUUCUCCAAUUGUCCAGAAAAGCACUUCAUUAGUUUGGAGCAUUUGUUUACAGUCUACUGUAAAAUAUUAAGUCAAUACUGAGAAGGAAGAAAGUAAGACCAAACUUUCUUUUAUUCACUGCAGAGCAAUGGUACUCCAAUUAGGCUCUGUACUAAUUAUCCUGAAUAUGAAAAUAUAAUUUUGUUUUGGGAAGGACUGUCUUACUAAAAUUUUGCUGCUGUGAUCUGUGUUUAAAUAACUUGUCGUUUUAAAUAACUUGAAAUGUAAAUUAGAACAAUGAAUACUGCAACAAUAUAGUCGAGCAAACAGUUCAGCUCAACCUAUAUAUGUGGGAUAGGAACAUUGUUUAACUGUAGAGUCUUGAUAGACUUGUUUGUGUUUGAGCAGUAUGAAUCUCCUAAGCCAAACCAGACAUUAUAUAGCCAAAUGUUACAUGUUUACUGAAUUGUAAAUCACUGUCAGAGUGCACAGCUAUCAUGUGUUCAUUGUUCUCCUUGUCACUAAGCAGACUGUUUACAUAUCAGCAAUUUCUCUCUUGACGGGUUACGUUUCUCUUAGCUUAAGUAUUUAAGUGUAUUUUCGAAAAGGAAAAUAAACUUCUGCAAGUUAA